GGAAAUGAGAAGAUAAUGCGGCUUCUUUUGGAAAAUUCGAGAAUUAGAGCGAACGUGAACGCGCUGAGUAACAACGGCAACACUCCGCUUCACAAUGCCGUGUCGCCGGAGUGGGACUUCGUGAGGAUGGACUCCCUGAAGAGCUGCAUCAGAAUGCUCAUGAAGCACGAGGACAUGGAGUUCAAUCGCCCAAACUAUUUCGGCAACACUCCACUCUGGCUGGCUCACGAGCAGCAAUCUCCAUACAAUCAAGAGCUACUUCAGGUAUUAUUUGUGUGUGGUGGCUCCAGAAUCGAUGUAAAUAUCUUCCACAUGAGAAGUGGAGAUACGAUGCGUGAAUGCAUCGAAAACAAGUUUCCGAAUCUCAUUCGCUUUCUUCCAAAUGACAGGGAGAGCAUGCCUUCUCUGGAUCCACUGAUGGAAAUGGUUCUCUCUCCCAAUCCGCACCUGGAUGAUUUCAAGCAAUUGCUCAACAGGGAAAAUUUCAAUGUUAACUAU